CCACCCAGUCUUCGCGAGGGCGCCGCACCGGAGAUGGCGGGCGAGGGCAAGGCGUGGGGACCCAGCCUAUCAGGUCUUCGCCGGCGAGCCGCCAUCGCCGGAGCAGGAGUCGGAGCGCAGAGCGUCGACAGCGCACCAAUCCUUCGUCUAGGCGUGGUCGCAGCCGGAGCGGAGACCGUCGUGGGAGAAACACGCCUUCGUCUAGGCGUAGCCGCAGCCGGAGCCAAAACCGGAGCGGGGGCAACAGCAGGGCGACCAGCACUGACAGCGGUCGCGGCGGAAAAGGGGGACGGAAUUCAGGCCACGGUAACAGGCAAGUGAUGUAUGAUCGAGGUGAUUUCCGUAGCUCUGGGUUGUUGGGGGAAAACAAGGAUGCUUCAGAAGACUGUUCCGUCUGUUCUUCACCGCUUGUUCUACGCCCGCCCGCUGAUGUAGGCCAACCGGCCAUGUCUUCUUUGGCGUUCAACCUUGCCAACAUGCAACUUCGUGAACACUCAGCCGCUGUGAGAAGCCAUGCCCCUGCCCAUGCCGUUAUGGAUCAUCCCACAUCCUCCUUGCCUUCGGACGAACGUGUUGAGUCACCACGCCAUGCUGCAUCACACGCCUCGACUUCGGCUUCCCGUAUUGAAAUGCUGUUGGAACAAGUACUCACUCUCCUGCGAGCAAAUCAAGUUGUGGAUGCUGCUGCCGACGCGAAUGUGCAACCUCCUGUGCCCUCCCACGCUCCUAGCGUGCCACCACCUGCCCCAUCUUUUUCCCCACGGACGCAUCUGACACCGUUGGAAAACUACGCUUCGAGCUUUUCGGGAGCUCCUGUAGGGCGCGAUGUUCGUGCCGAAACCGCUGCCAGGGCCACGUCAGGAUCAUCGUCAUCAGCCACGAUGUCGCAACUAUCGCGAGCAGUUCGGGUCGGACCUGCGGUGGCACAGUCAGCGUCGACAGCCCCGGCCCUAUUGCAACAGCCUUUGAUGGUAUCACGCCCCCCCUCCAGCGUGCGUCUAUUCUGAUUGAUCCUAGCUCUGCGACCGGCCACGUCGUCGAGCCACCGGGUCAAGCGACAUCGCCGUUGACUCAGCACGAUGCUGGCUUGCCUUUGUCUUCCACGGAAGCGAGAGCGAGGCAGGAGGCUCUGGACGCUGCGAACGCCGCUGCAGCGGAGGCCGAGACCAUCCGCAUUCAAGACAAGAUGGACAAGCUGGAGCCGGACCUACUUGAUAGUGUCACACGCUUGCCCCUCGGUCCUGAUCCUGAUGAAUUUGCUCGUUUCGCGUCUAGCUGCAAGGGCGUGAUCACAGAGAUUCUCAGCAAAAGCGACGUCAAGCGCAAGCAGACGUUCAAUUCCUCCACCUGGGUCACCGGAUGGCUUCCGUUGUUGGGCAAACGUGUCCGUGCUGCUGUCGUUGAAGGCCAAACCACCAACCGUGCCACGCUAGAAUGUCUUGAUACCACCUUCCUACAGGUAGAAAAUCAUCUGCGCAAGGAACCGGCAGGGCCCUCGACGUACGCCUUCUUCAUCCCGAAAUUGGCGGCUGCCUGUUACACUCAAGAGCUCGGGGAUUGAUCGUCUUCGCAGUUUUGGCGUAUCCAACGGCGAGACUUACGGAGAAUACAUUCGUCGCUGUAAGGCUCUGGCCAUGACCGUCAUGGUUUCCCGCCACGCGUUCAAGCGUUCGGAUGCGCAAGAGCAGAUAGCUGUUCGAGACUCCAUGUUGAAGCAGUUUCCGGUAGUUUCUGGGCAGGUGUGCAAGGAUGAGCAGCUCUCCAUGGAAGCCCCUCUUGGGCGACAUGCUUCGUGUCUGGAUGAUAUGUGGGAUGAGUUGGGCAUGCUUGCGUUCGCGCACACGCCGGCGAUGCAUGGAGAUGAUUUCUUUUCGGUAUCUUCCACGAAUGCUAGGAGUUCGUCUGCUGUUUCGCGUGCUGUAGCUUCUUCGGCGUUGCGUUCGACGGUGACCCCUUCGUGGAGCCAAGGUUCUUCGGCCGCCGUGAUGAGUGUUGACCCUCUACCUAAUGAU